GUUGUAAUUUUUUGCAACUUGCUGUUCUGUAUUUGUGUAUUUGUUUUAUAAAAAUAAUCUAAAAUGGAGUUUAUCGACAAUGAUGUAAGGCAGUGGGAUGCUAACGAGGUGAAGGAACAAUUUGGAGACAGCCUGACGCUUCUACCAUCGAACGACAACAUAAAGGAGCUGCAAACCAUACUUCGAGACAAAAACACCUCCAGAAGUGACUUCAAAUUCUAUGCUGACCGGUUGAUCCGUCUGGUGAUUGAAGAAAGCCUAAACAAGUUGCCUUUCACGGACUGUGAAGUGAUCACUCCUACUGGGGCUCUCUAUAAAGGGCUCAAGUAUGGCGCUGGCAAUUGUGGUGUGUCCAUCGUUAGAUCCGGAGAAGCUAUGGAACAGGGGCUCCGCGACUGCUGUCGUUCGAUUCGUAUCGGCAAGAUCCUGGUGGAGAGCGACACGGACACGCACGAGGCACACGUGGUGUACGCCAAGUUCCCCGAGGAUAUAGCAAGAAGACAGGUCCUGCUUAUGUACCCCAUCAUGUCUACAGGGAACACCGUUAAACAGGCAGUAAACGUCCUAACCCAGCACGGAGUCAAAGAAGAGCGCAUCAUCCUUUCCAACCUAUUCUGCACACCCGCCGCCGUCCAAGCAGUCGUAGACUACGUGCCUAAGAUGAAGAUCCUCACGGCUGAACUGCAUCCCGUAGCGCCCAACCACUUCGGACAGAAGUACUUUGGGACGGACUGAUACGAUGACGAGUUUGAGGGGUAAGGUAGCUGUAAGGAGUGGUUGGGGUUCUGAAGCGCAUAAGUCUUACCUAUUUUUAUUUUAUUUGUGUUGAGCGGCUAUUCUAGUUCAAUAAAGUCCUAGUAUCACUGCGACCGUUAUCGAUCUAUUGUGAUCGCCGCUGUUUUCCUUACAGUUCGCCUCCGAGUCCUGCAUCCAAUAGGAAGUGCAGUAUCUUUUGGGGGGCGAUAUGUUUUACAUCUUGUGGGCUUAGGAUGUGUUUGCUCAGGUGUAAGCUCCGCUUGCGCAUCAGAGGUCCGCAGUCCGUGAGAAUGUGUAGUGGCGUUUCAUCUGCCUCUUUACACAUCCUGCACGUUCUUGUUUCGGACAGUCCCAUAGUGGACAAGUGCUUGUUUAAGCUGCAGUGUCCAGUCUUAUCUAAGUCUGUCGCCAUAACAACAAUGUUAACAGCAUUGUUGUGUUCCGCAGUUAGAGGUAAGAUAGCCAGUUCCUCUGUGGUUUUUUAAUUAUUUUUUUUGACAAUGAACAGUCAUGAUAUUUGUCACUUGUAAGAUCAAUUCUCUUUUUUUAACAUGAAAAUAAUAAAUUGCAUAACACUGCAUUCUAUCAUAGUAAAAAAAUAGUUUCUCAAAUGAUUUUAAAAAAUUAUGGGCAAAUAUUAAUAUCAUAACUUUCAAUUUUUAAGGAAGAGUACAUGAGUAUAUGCUUCAGAACCCAAACCACUGUAUUUAUAUGAUAAAUCUGUUAUAUACAAAGCUGUACAUACUAUAUGUGAAUCAUUGGUUGGUACAUUAAGCUGUAUCUCAUCACAACGUACACAGUUAGAGUUAAAAUCAAGAAUGUAUAGUCCACUUACUUUUGAAAUUUUAAAAUAAUCAAGUUGCAUUCAAAGAUAGAUGUGAAAUAACAUACUGAUCUUCUUCCUCGCAGAAAGGUUCCAUAUUAGCCUAGGCGCAGACCACCGAAUUUUAGUUGGCCGAUAGUUGAAUCGAUUUCCAAUUUGUAUGAAGAAUCGCCCGAUACCAAAUCGGUGUAGUGUGCGCACUUCCAUACAUUGUUCAUACUGAUCAACAGCCCGACCCAACUAUCGGCCGACUAAAAAUCGGUGGUCUGUGCCUGCCUAGGCAAACAAAUGGCCCAUAAGCCUUUAUGGGCCAUUUGUUUAGCUUUAGGUUAUUACCAAGUCUAUUGGCGACUGUAGUAAACUAUACAGUUUCUGUAUUCAGCUCUAUCAGUUUCUGAAAGGACUCGGAAGUUUGUAAAUUUAAAUUUUCAAUAUGGACACACAUCGCCAUAAAAAAACAAUUACAGGUCUUGGAAAUAUUUCAUAAUCAGAUCGUAUCCAUAAAUAUUAGUUUUUAGCAAAAUUUUAAAGAGGCUUUUUAUGUACUUAAACUUGGCUUAAAUCAUGCACCUACUUAAAAUUGCACAACAAGUGGCCUGUGUAUACCUUGUAGAUUUGUAAAUUAUAUUGACGUAUUAAAAAUUUAAUCUCUUAAGCGUAAGUUACGAUUAUGAUAAGAAAAUGUGAUGAAGUUAAUCUUCGAUUUGAUAAAUAGUUGUAAGUAAAGAAUUUGUAUGAGAAAAAUAUUUAUUGCUUGCUUUUGAAAAAACCUCAAUAAAUAUAUUAGAAACUUUA